UUAUAAUAAUUACAAUAAUAUGUAAUUUAUGUAUAUGUCGUAAACAAUUGUAGGCAAAUGUCAGAUCCCUGACAGAAACAAAGAAAUGUUAUUGUAGAUCCAAUCGAAGAGCUUCCCAAAUGCUCGCAAUGAAAUGCAGCCUUGUGGAUCAGUUUCCUCGACACGAACAUAGGUCUUCCUACUCUCACCUGAAAGAUCUUUGCUCCCUGCUCCUCGACUGUUUGUUUCCGUGAAGCUUCGGCCAUGGACAUUUGAGAGGACUUCGUUGGGUUUCUAUAUCCGGAAAGGGUCGAGAAAAAGAUAACACACGCGCACACAGGGAUAUAUAUAGUCGAGGUUUCGGUUAGUUCCAGUGCAUGGAAAGCUCGUGGUACAAGAAGAGAGGGCUUGAGCCGGACCCUGAUGAGGAUGGACCCAGAGCAGCUCACUUAACAGAGUCGAAGAGGCCGAAGCUCCCCGCUUUAGCAAGUGUCGUUGUAGAAGCGUUGAGGGUGGACAGCUUGCAGAGGCUCUGCUCCUCACUGGAACCUCUCUUUCGCCGAAUCGUGAGUGAAGAAGUCGAACGAGCACUCACAAGGCUUGGUCAUACUAAUAAGCUUUCUACAAGGACAAGCCCGCCAAGAAUAAAAUGCAGAGAAGGCAGUAAUUUACGCCUGGAGUUCAGGACCAGAAUGCCGCCUCAGCUAUUCACUGGCGGGAAAGUCGUGGGAGAACAAGGAGCAGCAAUCCACGUCGUAUUGGUGGACCUAGACACGGGCCUCUUGGUACAGAAUGGACCUGAAUCUGCGGCAAGGCUUGAUGUCACGGUUCUUGAGGGGGACUUUAAUGAAGAGCCACACGAUGAUCGGGCCAAAGAGGAAUUUGAAAGUCAUGAGGUUAAGGCGCGUGAUGGGAAAAGGCCGCUUUUGACCGGGGAUCUUCAGGUGACACUGAAGGGAGGAAUUGGAACUUUAGGAGAGGUUAGUUUUACCGACAAUUCAAGCUGGAUUAGGAGCAGGAAGUUCAGGCUUGGGGUAAAAGUUGCCCCGGGAUACCAUGAAGGGGUUCGGAUUCGUGAGGCUAAAACCGAGGCUUUUGCUGUUAAAGACCACAGAGGAGAAUUGUAUAAGAAGCAUUAUCCACCAGCUCUGCACGAUGAAGUUUGGAGGCUUGAUCGAAUAGCAAAGGACGGAGCUCUGCACAAGAAACUGGUUCUGGCCCAAAUCAUCACAGUUGAAGAUUUUCUCCGGCUUCUCAUGAGGGAUCCUCAGAAACUACGUAGUAUCCUUGGGAGCGGAAUGUCCAACAGAAUGUGGGAGAACACAGUUGAGCAUGCAAAGACGUGUGUUUUGGGCGGGAAACUCUUUAUUUACUACACUGAUCUGAAUCAUAGCACCGGCGUAGUAUUCAAUGAUAUUUACGAGCUCAGAGGCCUCCUCUCCAACGGGCAAUUCCUAUCUCUCGAAUCACUCGACCACACACAGAAGCUCUCAGUGGACUUGCUCGUGAAGAGAGCUUAUGAGGAUUGGGACCGAGUUGUGGAGUACGACGGGAAAGUCCUGAGUUCCUUGGCUCAUAUCAAAAAGAAGUCAACCAAGUCUCUUGCCCCCUCGAUUCCUGAGAAUUCAUCAGAAAACAGGCAUCAUCGUCAGUUCAUAACUCUUGAAAAAAACCCAGAUUCCCAACCUGAUGCUAUCCCUCCAUCCGUACAGCAUUCAAUCGGGCGCCAGUUCAUUCGGCCUGAUCCCACUUCAGCUCUAAUGCCGAGACACUCACAAAUAGGACCUCUUGACAGCUCUGGUUACUUCAGAGACUGUUCUCAGGCUCAGAAUGUACAGUGUCCAGAGGAUUUUUUUACAGAGGAAGUUCGGGUUCGAAGCAAUGAGAUGCUUCAAAGUGAUGAUAUGCAGAGGCUGCUGCAAAGCUUUACAAUGGGUUAUUACUCGGAAGAGAACGGCUUCUCUUACACUGUCCCAUACGCAAGUUCAAUGCAUCAGGCAAUUGCUACUGAGAACGGUCGCGGGUCCGGAAAAGCUGUGGUGGGCUGGCUUAAGCUAAAGGCUGCUCUACGGUGGGGAAUAUUCGUAAGGAAAAAAGCUGCUGAGAGAAGAGCUCAGCUUGUUGAGCUACAUGAUUAUUAAGAUUUCACGCUUUCAGCCGUCUUUUAACGUUUUUCUUCAAAUUCGUACUUCUUUGUUCUUUGCAAUGUUCAAAUCAAAAUGAAGGAUGAAAAUAAUAUGCAUGAUUCCGGGUCAGUUUCA